UCGGGUUACCGGCCAGAGUAUACCGGAGCCUGCAUUUACAAGCGGGGAAAGGGCGGAGGGGAGGCUGGGUAACCUAGCUGCUUCAUGUAUGUGUCGUAUUAACGGGUUACCUGAUGGAAGUUAGUGAAUGACAAGCGUUUAUUUCCAUUCAUGUAAACAGCAGCCAGAUAGCUCAUGGAUCCCCUGGCAAACACUGACAUUUCUACAGGUCUUUUGCAGAGGAAACAAAAGCUGACAAAUGUUGCAAUUGGGUUAAUUUUUCUGCUCAGUGGCGUUGAAUACGCUGUGAUUCUGCCCACUGUCUGGUUAUAUUUGCAAUCUCUGAAUGCGCAGCCUUUCUUCUUGGGUCUUGUUCUCUCGGCUUUCAGUCUCACCGAGCUCCUGGCUGGUCCUUUGUUUGGAUAUUGGUCAGACCGCACCGGACAGACCAAAAGUGUCAUCCUACUGAGUAACUGCUUUGAGAUUGCAGGGAAUUUUAUGUACUUUGUUGGAAUCUCUAAGUGGUUUCUCCUCUCUAGCCGCUUAGUAGCAGGAGUUGGAGCAGGUGCAGGUGCUUCUAUAUUUGGAUAUUUGACUCGUACGUCCAGCUAUGAAGAUCGCGCACCAGUGUUUGCGAUGGCUAUGGCAUGCCGACAAGUAGGGCUUUUGAUAGGUCCUGCAUUCAAUGUAUUCCUAAGGUACUGUGAUUUCCAACUUGGGCCUUUUCAUGUGAACAAAUUUUCAGCUCCUGGUAUCUUUAUGUGUGCUCUUUGGACUCUGAUGCAGCUGAUAGUGCUUUUCAUGUUUUACGAUCUCCCAGUGAAACCCCCAGAACCGCUCAAUGAAGAAAAUGAACCUCUCCUGAAACAGACAGAAAUUCCAACUCAGGGACCGAGUCCUUCAUACGGCACAAUCAACAGCAGCCUUGAACCACCAAGCGACAACGUUGACUUCUCCAAUACUCCAAAUGAUCAUCAUUUCUCUCAGAAUAUCUCAAAUAAUACAGAAAAUGAAAAAUCAGUUGGAAAAUUGCACAGUGUACAGACAGUAAAGGGGCUUCUGCGUGAAGAAAUAAUAGUCUUACUGACAGCACAGUUUGUAACUUUCUUUAAUCAAACAGCGCUGGAGACUCUGGUCACCCCUCUCGCUCAGGCAUACCUGGGUUUUCAAGAUCUACAGAACUCUUUGCUUUAUUUCCUAUGUGGAAUUGAGAUGUUGAUUGGAUUCCUCCUUGUCCGCACACUCAGUCGUUGCAGCUCUGAUCGUCUUCUUCUCGCAUUUGGACUCUUUAUCUCUAACAUCUCCUGUAUUUGGUGUCUAGUGUUCUUAGCAAAACCCAAAGGAAGUUAUGGACUUCUGUUGGGGGAGUUUGUGGUUGGGGUAUUCUUACAAGUCCUUGGGCUGCCUUUCAUAUCAGUGUCCCAAGUGUCUCUGUUUUCCAAGCGGACAGCUGAGAGUACUCAGGGAUUCAACCAUGGUGUGCGAAGAGCUGUAGGCGGUUUGGCCACAAUCCUUGGGCCCUUGUGGGCAGCGGGUCUGAUAGAAGAAUUGUACAUAAUGCUUGGAGUCAUGAUGGGACUGCUUGUCCUACUCACAAUAAUGUUCGGUGUAUCCUACAGAUACCUGAUGGAACCUGUAAUGCCAGAAAUCCGAGGUCCAUGAAGAGCACACGUUUGAUAUGUUAUGCUGCCUAAUUUUGCACUGCAGCCACAUAUUACUGUAUCCUAGAACUUGAAUUAGUUGUUUUAGGGGAGAGGCAGGAUCCUUUUUAAGUUGCUGGUCAAGUGGUGUAAAACCCCACUGCCUUGCCUCUUCACACGACACACAAGAAUCAUUAACACUUAAGACAUUUCUAUGUGCAGACAUUUUUUUUAAUUAGAAAUGAAAUUAC